AGUUAGUGCUGUACUUUUGUUCUUAUAGGGAAAUUUGAUUGGUAAAUCGGUAUUUACCAAAACCUGAGCCAUUCAAUCUGUUAUCGAGGGAUUGUGUUUGUCUUCGGUGAUAAAUGAAACGUCUUUUCGCUGCAAAAUCAAAAGACUGUGUACUAGCCAGCUGAUUAGGGGCUGUUCUUUUUGAUAAUUUGAGAAAAAUUGAACGACGUGGGGUCAAUUUUGUUUUCGCCUCCCGUUGCGUUCUAAAUCAGAUACUGAAAUCCGGGAGCAAGGCAAGUGCGAAAGUGUUCGUAUGAUCGUUGGAUAGAAAGAAAAGAGAGACUGAUAAAUGGCUCUGUCCCCCGUGGUCCUCUGAAUUCAUAGACCAAGUCAUUGCAGUUUCCAACGUAACCACCACACUUGACAAACUUGGGACAUCCUCGGGUCUUGUCCUUUAACUUCUACAGUAAUGUCAGUAGCAUUACGGAUUUUAUAAAUAAUUUGUGUGUGUGGACAACUUUAUUUGCAUGAUAGAAUGUGAAGGAACAUUUUUGCAGUGACAUAGGCCAGACUCUUUGUUUUUCUUCCAUCAGAGUCAAAACAAACACAGAAGAGAAUUGGUCCGUCCCAUAUCAACAGGCGAAGUGACGUUUUGGAGUAUCUUGCAAUGCUAUCGGACCGAGAGCGUAUACGUUUAAUCUUUCCGCGCUCUAACUCAACGCCGCUCUCCAUAUAGUGUCGAGGCAUCGGAGACUAUCAUUUCCAAUUAAGAUAUGCAAACGCAACGGAUUCCUUCCACUGUUUCAGAAGUAAUUUGCAUACAAACAAUUUAAAGGGGUGAAUCUAUAAUAUGAUCUCUCUUCUACCAGAUUGUAAUUACAACAAACGAUCCGUCGACGUGAUGAGAUUUUAACGCCAUUUCUUCAUUUUCUGCUCCGAUUUAUUAUUCGCCGAACAAUUAGAAUCAUCGGUAUUGUCGACUUAGCCUUCAUGUUUAAAUAUCAUGGAGAUAUGGAAAGUGUAUUUUCGGUGCUUCUUUCUGUUAUAUACAGUUUUAGCUUUGUGUUGUGCAGCAGUAGUUGGCGAGUUUUCAGACUGCGGGGAGCGUUGCCUCUGUGACGGUACGAGGGUUGUUUGUGAAAACUCAUCUUUACAAACCAUACCCGAACAUCUACCGGCAAAUUUGACAUCAUUAUCUUUUAUCGGGACCAGCAUCAAAGUCCUUUCAAAGAACUCUUUUAGGAAAUAUCCUGAUGUUCGUUACUUAAGUUUUACGGACCGUGACCUGCCAUGCAGACUAGAGUCCAUACAGCCGGGAGCGUUCAAAGGAUUACCUCAUCUAAAAGGAAUCACAAUCGGCGGCUGCGAAAAACUCCGUAACAUCGGCGGCGGUGUCUUCACCCAGUUCCAGUCCCUGGAAACUAUAGACAUGUUUAGGAAUGGGAUCACAGACAUCCCGGAUUUCAGCGCAUUUUCAACUCUUUACGCUUCCGGAUGGAUGGAACGCAUAGUGAUAAGGGAAAAUAGCCAUAUUACAGAUAUUCGGAAGGACACUUUUUCCGGAGUAAAAACACUUGAGCUACGUCUGAAAGGAAGCAAUCUAGGAAGCAUCAGAAAUGGCGCCUUUAAGAAUGCAAACAUAUACAAACUAGAUCUCCUGGACAACACGCGUCUCAAACUACUGGAGGACAACGCCUUUGCCGGAAUCAAUGGAUUGAAGUACUUAGACCUCUCGAACACAGCAAUCACGAAUCUCCCAACCAGUGGUUUAACGAACAUCGAGACACUGGUUAUUCGAGAGACGAAGACUCUUCGAACAUUCCCAGCAGUUGUUCGAUUUAACAAACUCAUUCGAGCGGAACUCACUUAUCCACAUCAUUGCUGUGCGUUUAAAAAUCCAGAAAAACAGUACCCAACUGAAUGGGAAGAUUUCCGGCGCCGAGUAGAGAGGGAGUGUUCUAGAACCACCACCAGCGCCCUCCCAACAGUUCCAACAACUACCACCCCUUCAGAUCUCUUUGAAAUGUUCCAACCGCAAAAGAAGAUGGCGGAUAGGAGAGUCAAACGAGAUUCUAUCUUUGAUGAUUUGACACGUCAGGACAUUCUGUUCAAGAACGAGUCCGUCUACAGAUGGGCGCCUAGUCUAGAUAUGGGUAAAGGAAACGGAUUUGGAGACAUUGUCAACUCGUCGAAUGUUGAUGAAAACACUAUAGACAGGCCAACGCAAGGAGGGAGUUUUGUGACGUUUACCAUUCCGACCAACUCCACUGGGUACCAGUCACAAGUAUUGUGUGGGGAAGUGGUUUUCAGGCACCGGAAAGUAGAGUGUACGCCUGUCCCCGAUGCUUUCAAUCCGUGCGAGGAUGUUAUGGGCUCGGAAUGGCUUCGAAUAUUCGUUUGGCUGGUGGUGUGGGCGACUCUGAUAGGCAACAUCAUCGUCCUUGUUGUCUUGCUGUCGAAUCGCAAGAAAAUGACGGUUACAAAGUUCCUCAUGUGCAACUUGGCGUUUGCAGACUUCUUAAUGGGUGUAUAUCUAUUGCUGUUGGCAGCCAUAGAUAUCCACAGCCUUGGUGAAUAUUUCAACUUUGCCAUAGCAUGGCAGAACGAAGGAGGGUGUCAGACAGCGGGGUUCUUAACAGUGUUUUCAUCAGAGUUAUCUGUCUUUACGCUCACAGUCAUCACGAUGGAGCGAUGGUAUGCCAUCAGCCACGCCAUCCAUCUGACCAAGCGGCUUAAGCUUCGGCAGUCAUGCGUGGUCAUGGCAGUCGGGUGGUUGUACGCUGUGGUGAUGGCUUUGCUGCCUCUGGUCGGUAUAAACGGUUAUGGUAACGUCAGCGUGUGUUUACCUAUGGACGUCACCAAAACAGGUGACGUUGUUUACGUCAUAUCUCUGUUAGUGUUGAAUGGAUUAGCUUUUAUCGUGAUUUGCAUGUGUUAUAUAAACAUGUAUUGCCGUGUUCGAGGAAACGAUUCCACUCUUUCUCAGAGUUCUGACACCAGAAUUGCAAAGAGGAUGGCCACUCUGAUUUUCACGAAUUUCAUUUGCUGGGCACCAAUCGCAUUUUUCGGAAUAACCGCUGCGGCAGGCUGGCCUCUGAUAGACGUGUCCAACUCCAAAAUUCUUCUUGUGUUCUUUUAUCCGUUAAACUCCUGUGCGAAUCCUUAUUUGUACGUCAUAAUCACGAAACAAUUUCGUAAGGAUACCAUAUUGUUGCUGGCGAAAUAUGGAAUGUGUACGGAGAGAGCGAAUCGAUGUAAAGGAACGGUCACUCAUUCUAAAACUCUUACAAAUUCCAGAAAGAACAGUUUAGCUGUACAUUCUGUUAUUCAUCCGACCAAUAACUGCGUGGCACAUUCCAAUGACGUCAUCCCUAAAGAAAAUGGCGUCACCCAUGAUCCAGACACUCACGAACUGAGCAUAAUUCAGCACGUUUCACCAAUAAAGGAUAAAAGUUUAAGAAUGUUAUGGAAGAUGCAGCGUUCAUUUUCCAAUUCAAUUUCUAGUGAGAAUCAAACUGAGAAAAAGCUAGAUUCCACACAGUUUUACGAUAUCUAUAAUAACACAUCUCGUUUAAAAGAAGAAGAAACGGGUUCAACAUUUGGUCUACAAAACCAGUCGUGCUCAGAAUCGGUAGACUCUAACAUCUCCCAUAUAAACAAAUACCACACUACACAAGAAACCAAUAGUAAUAAUUUUAGUUUGAAUUUGAAAUCCAGUGACCCCGUGAUUAAUUCACUUGACCCGGAAGUUGUGUCAUGUAAUGGCGACCUCCAAGAGGAACGCUCUAGUGAUGAGGCGUCCGUAGAAACCGCCAAGUAUUUAGACUGCUACAAAUCUCUUGUGGCUGGAAAUUCUUCCAGCGUGGGCUUAAAAUAAGAUGACCAUUAUUCGCGAAAGUCCUCGAUAGGGAGUACUUUGAGUCAAUAUGAUGAAAACAGUACUUUGAAUUAAGGAGCGGAUACCCGACAGUUACCAGGGUGUUCGAAUUAAACGCUUUAUAAAAAAAAAUACGCGCCUAUUGCUUAAAUGUGAACUCUUGAAAUAGGAUAAAAAUGAGGUGUUUAUAUUUUAAGUUAUUUCGUACAGAUUACGUGUUGUAUUGUGGCUUUUUAUAAAGGUUUCUUGGUAAGUUAUCAUUAUAUACAGGUAUGGGUAUUAAUUUACACAUAUUAUAUAAUAUGUGCCAACGGGCAUCCCAAAUAAUGAUAUGAAUAUUACACAGGUAAAUUGUUGUGGUUUGGUUUAUAUAAGUAUUAUCUACUGUACAAAUUAUUGUUACAUGUAUAUAAAUGAAAAGUUUAAUUUUGACGUUAUAAUAAACUGCAUUUUGUUUCUCGAA